AUGGGUCACGAAGAUGCUGUUUACCUGGCCAAGCUCGCUGAGCAGGCUGAGCGCUAUGAGGAGAUGGUCGAGAACAUGAAGAUCGUUGCUUCUGCCGAUGUUGAGCUUACUGUCGAAGAGCGGAAUCUGCUGUCCGUUGCCUACAAGAACGUCAUUGGUGCCCGCCGUGCGUCGUGGAGAAUCGUCACCUCGAUCGAGCAAAAAGAGGAGUCCAAGGGCAACGAGUCCCAGGUCACUCUCAUCAAGGAGUACCGCCAGAAGAUCGAGGCCGAGCUUGCCAAGAUCUGCGAUGACAUCCUGGAGGUCCUCGACAAGCACCUGAUCCCCUCUGCCCAGAGCGGCGAGUCCAAGGUCUUCUACCACAAGAUGAAGGGUGACUACCACCGUUACCUCGCCGAGUUCGCCAUUGGCGACCGCCGCAAGGGCGCUGCCGACGCCUCCCUCGAGGCCUACAAGGCUGCCACCGAAGUUGCCCAAACCGACCUUGCCCCUACCCACCCCAUCCGUCUUGGACUGGCCCUCAACUUCUCCGUCUUCUACUACGAGAUCCUCAACUCGCCCGACCAGGCUUGCCACCUCGCCAAGCUCGCUUUCGAUGACGCCAUUGCCGAGCUUGACACCUUGAGCGAGGAGAGCUACAAGGACUCCACCCUCAUCAUGCAGCUCCUCCGUGACAACCUGACGCUCUGGACCUCGUCCGAGGCUGAGCCCGCCGCCGACUCGGCCGCCGCCACUUCCGAGAAGAAGGAGGAGGCCCCGGCUGCCGAGGGUGAGAAGCCCGCCGAGUAA